UCAUCGAUUGCCUCGCGUUUUUCGAGAUGACCUCACGUACAUCAUUCCUGAGGAUCGGGAAGAAAAUUCUAGUACCAUUCCAUUGGAUUUAACCCAUCAUCGUAGGGAAUGGUCCGGUCAGCUGCUACACGUGUAACACCAGCAGAAGCUUUUCGAACUCGAUUAGCCUCCAAACGGAGCAAAACUUCCCGUGCGCCUCGUGCUUUGGAUACCUACUAAGCUUCGAUUCAUGACGCGCGCACCUCGUCUCUAUGGAUCUGAAUCUAGUGAUCAAGGUCCGACAGGGAGAACUCUUACUCCCUACGUGAGGGAAGUACCUAGUGGAAUUUUAGGUUGCAGACUUCCUCUUCUUUCAUGCUUUCAUAGAUACCUAGGUAAUGAUCUCAUCCGUGGCUUUUCUCGUCUUUCAUUUGCGAAUGCCAAAGUUGCAUCUGCAUACUUUCUACAACCAACUCCUUAACAUCUGAUUGAUCAACGCCUCCAAAAGUUAAGUCAGGCUUGCAAUAUCUUUUAUAAUUUCAUACCCACCAUCCAAAGUUUGUAUGUUGAUCUCCUUUCGACGUCUGAUUCGCUACCCAAAGGCCGAAUCAAGACGUGCUCUCGGUUCCUUUGCUCCAGGAUCAAAUUAUAUACCUACGGGCUCCCGGACACAUCCCCUGGUUACUUGCACGAUGGUUCCAAAACGAAAGAGGUCAGCUGUAGCUCCGCAGCAGGACAUCCAGCCAGAAUUACCAGAACGCCCUAAUGCUACCCCAAGGCGAUCGGGGCGUAUUGUCAAGAAACCGAGCGAGGUAUCACAAUCCGAUGCCUAUCCGUCCAACAAGGAAGCUCUCCGCGCAGCGUCGAGUCAGACCAGGGGCAAGAAAAAACAGAUGUUGAGUCAAGGAGAAGACGUAUACGGGGCUAUAGAUGGCCUUCGUGAGAUGGAAGAUAAUUUCCGCGAUGCUGUAAAACGACAGAAGCUGGCACUGGAUGAAAGUUCAUUAUGUGGUACUUUAAAUACGACAGAUGAGGAUGCCCCCUUUAUGCCGAGGCCUAUUAAAGCCAACCCAGACACCGUUCUUACGAAAUCCGAGAAGAAACUAUUAAAGGAGAGGGCUGCGGUGAAGAAUGAAAUUAACGAGACUGGACUUGAGAAUGGAGCCCACGAAGACAGGGAAGAAGGUGAUGCAGAAGAGCCCGACGCCAAUGCUUUCAAGCAAGAGGGCUCAAGGCCGCCUCCUGUUAAUAGUGAUUAUCUACCCUUGCCGUGGAAGGGUAGAAUUGGUUAUGCCUGCCUUAACACCUACCUUCGACAAUCGAACCCUCCUGUGUUUAGUUCAAGAACCUGCCGAAUAUCGUCUAUCUUAGAUCAUCGUCACCCUCUUCGAGAUCCAUCUCAACCUGAACACCCAACUAAAAACCGGCCGGACAAGGACGAACCAGCCGAUGUAGCCAGGGGUAAGAAAUAUGUCGAAGCCCUCGGUCUCGCAAAUGCACGUGAUAUUGUCAAGAUGGUACGUUGGAAUGAUAAGUAUGGUAUUAAAUUCAUGCGCCUCAGUUCGGAGAUGUUCCCCUUUGCCAGCCAUGAAGAGUAUGGCUAUAAGCUGGCACCUUUUGCUUCUGAAGCGCUCGCGGAAGCUGGGAGAGUCGCGGGUGAGCUUGGUCACAGGCUAACAACUCACCCUGGACAAUUUACCCAACUAGGAUCGCCUCGGAAAGAAGUCGUGAGAAACGCAAUUCGCGAUCUUGAAUAUCACGAUGAGAUGCUUACUCUUCUACGUUUGCCUGAACAACCCAACAAGGACGCUGUUAUGAUCCUACAUAUGGGCGGAGUCUUUGGGGACAAGGAGGCUACCCUUGAUCGGUUUAGGGAAAAUUAUGCAGGGCUAUCACCAGGGAUCAAGGCGAGGCUUGUGUUGGAGAAUGACGAUGUAUCGUGGACGGUGCAUGACCUACUCCCGAUUUGCGAGGAAUUAAAUAUUCCACUCGUUCUUGAUUUCCACCAUCACAAUAUUAUGUUCGACAAAGACAAAAUUCGUGAAGGAACCAAAGACAUUGUGGAGCUUUACCCGCGAAUCAAGGCGACUUGGGAUAGAAAAGGUAUUACGCAAAAGAUGCAUUAUAGCGAGCCUUGCUCUGAAGCCAUCACCCCUCGGCAGAGACGAAAACAUCGACCUCGAGUCAUGACUCUGCCUCCGUGCGCAAAUGACAUGGACCUUAUGAUCGAAGCGAAGGAUAAAGAGCAGGCCGUGUUCGAUCUAAUGCGAAAUUUCAAGUUGCCGGGAUGGGAUCGCUUCAACGACGUGAUCCCAUACGAGCGGGAGGAUGAUAAUAGACCUCCUCCUAAAGUGCCCAAGAAGAAACAGCGUAAAAACAAAAAUGCGGAUGAAAAUGGCGAAGACGGUGAGCCGGAAGAGGAGGCUAAGCCGCUGCCCGUGAUCCCGGAGUCGGAAGUAGGGAUGGGCGGCCCUGAUAACCGGGUCUAUUGGCCCCUCGGCAUGGAGGAAUGGCUCCGCCCGAAGAAAAGGGAGGUCAAGAACAGCAAAAGUAAAGGUGACGAAAUCGGAGACGACUAACCUGCCUAACCUCCGAUUUAAAGAAACGCAUGUUGGGUUACAUAUGCCCGCAGCACAUUCCUCGGACCGUGCCACUGCAUAAACUGGGCAACAGCUUAUCAGCGCUGAAGUUAUAUUCGUUUAGUAUUAUGCUGCGGUGUUUGAUGCUCCGCAACCAUGUUGUUAGACUAGGUACUCAGGUAGCAUAUGGAGGUGGCUUCGCAUUCUCGCAAAUGUAUGGCAGGCUUAUCUCGACAAAUUGUUUAGUUCUAUAAAUAGAUGAUCUAAUCUUCG